AUGUCGUCCGCACCUGCACCAUCCAACAAGACUUCUUCUGCGGUGCCUUCGGAAGAUGUACUCUCUGCCAAGGCAAGUGCUCGAAGAGGUAUUAGCCGAACCUCUGGUCGUAUCCUGAUGCCAUUGCUGGCCCUCGUUACUCUUCCACUGACGGAUGUUCUUCUCUUCAUCUCCCGACGGACCGUAACCCCUACACCGUCUUGGCCACAAACGCUUUAUCACUCUUCUCAAAUCGCUCACGCAUCCUUUCACGAUUCCGAUCUCACGAAUGCAACCGUCCGAUCCCGUCCGACGUCACUCUCGCAUCGUUGCGUCGCCUCCCGCCAAUCGCUGGACUCUGAUCGGUGCAUUCGAACACGCUCGCAAAACAGUCGGAUAUCUGUGUAUCGAAUGCCAUCGUCAAGGCUGGUAUCGGAUUCGGCGCAGGUGUUGUCUGUUCGGCGAUUCUGUUCCGUCGUAAGCAGUGAACAGACUGGGAGCCAAGCCGAGCUCUGUUUGAGCGCUAUCAUAGCACUUGGCGUCAUGUUAUGUAGACGCUGGCUGACCUAGCCCCAUGACUCGUGCACGCAGGGCGACCGUGGCCCGUGCUCGUAGGGCUCGGCUUUGGUCUGGGACAAGGCUACAGCGACUGCGAGAGGGUCUUCAACCCGGCCGCCGUGCCCGGUUUCGUCAUCGCCACAGAUGGCAAGCCUGAGGUCCGUGUCAUGGCUCCGUCACACAGGUCUCAUUGAAGCUAGCACUAGACGCUCACAGCGGUAUCCUUGUUUCGCUCCUCACCUCUACCACAUCUCGCGCCUCCUCUGGCGCUGUGAACAUUCACAAUGAUGCUACGACUUUGAAGGCUUCGCCGUACGCGAACUUCAACCCCUUCGGAUCUAAGGCUUCCGAAGUCAAGGACAAGGCCGAGGACAAAGUUUCACAAGUCGUGGACAAGGUCAAGGACGCGACAAAACAAGUCGUCGGCAAGGCAGAGGCAGUGAAAGACAAGGCCGAGAACAAGCUCGGGGACAAGAAGUGGGUGUAG